AGACGUUUGUCGUUUCAGAUCCCGGAAUCAGAUGUUGAAGGACUCUGUCCUCGAUGAUCCAGCUGUAACAGAGCUGAAGGAGGGAAACGAGGACACUGAGGAGUGAGAACAGUAAAGAUGGACUCUCUGGUUCCUGACCUUCCCAGCGGUCCUCUGGACGUCUACAGGAAAAAGGCGUCCUUCAACUGGAAGGAGAUGCUGCUGUUCCUCGAGGGCGAGGACAUCAUCAAGUUCAAGAACCUUUUGUUCCAGACUCUGGAGAACGACCCUCUCUUUGCUCGUCGUCCUGGUGAGGAUGUUCCUCUGGAGAAGAUGAGAGAGCUCACCUUCCUCAGGGUGAAGAAGCUGUUCUCCUAUGAUAUCCUCCCUGAUGACGAGGCCAUGGCUAAUCCAUUGAAGGCCGUGGCCCUCACUAACUGUUUGGGCAUGUACGACUGGGCCAUGGGAGCAAAAUACUUCCUGGACCGAGGGAUGUUUGGAUCAACAGUGGCGAGCUCAGGCUCAAAGAGACACAGCGAGUACGUGGACAAGACCAAUGCCAUGGAGAUCUUUGGAUGUUUCGCUCUCACUGAGCUCAGUCACGGCAGUAACACCAGAGCCAUGAGGACUACGGCCACCUACGACCCAGAAACCCAGGAGUUCAUCAUCAACUCUCCAGACUUCGAGGCAGCCAAGUUCUGGGUGGGGAACCUGGGGAAGACUGCGACACACGCCGUGGUGUUUGCUCAGCUCUACACACCUGACCAGGUGUGCCAUGGCCUGCACUCCUUCAUCGUCCCGGUCAGAGACCCUCAGACUCUGCUGGCUCUGCCUGGUGUUCUGGUGGGAGACAUGGGGAAGAAACUGGGUCAGAACGGCCUGGAUAACGGGUUCGCCAUGUUUCAUGGCGUGAGGAUUCCUCGAGAGAAUCUGCUGAAUAAAACUGGAGACGUGACGCCUGAUGGGCGCUACGUUACUCCAUAUAAGGACCCUAAAAAGCGUUUCGGGGCCUCUUUGGGGGCCCUGUCCGGGGGCCGGGUGUCCAUCACCAGGAUGGCUCUGACCAACCUGAAGCUGGCUCUGACCGUGGCGAUCCGCUUCUCAGCCACCAGGAGGCAGUUUGGGCCCAAAGACACUGAGGAGAUCCCCGUCCUGGAGUACCAGAUGCAGCAGUGGCGUCUGAUCCCCUACCUGGCUGCAGCCUACGCCCUGGAACAUUUCACUAAAACCAUCUUCAUGAACUUUGUGGAGUUUCAGAUGGGACAGGUGAUGAGGGACAGGAGUGACAGACAGGCGGAGAUGGGCAGAGAGAUCCACGCCAUCGGCUGCAGCGGGAAACCUCUGGGCUCGUGGAUGGCUCAGCGGGGGAUCCAGGAGUGCAGGGAGGCGUGUGGUGGACACGGAUACCUGGCUAUGAACCGUCUGGGCGAUCUAAGGAACGAUAAUGAUCCAAACUGCACAUAUGAAGGAGACAACAACGUGCUGCUGCAACAGACCAGCAACUACCUGCUGAGCUGGCUACACGCCAAACAACACGACGGAGUAAAGAUUGAGUCUCCUCUUCACACUGUCGACUUCCUGGAUGAUUACCACAGAAUCCUUCAAAAUAAAUUCACAGCAGCCACUCUGGAUGAGUGUAUGGAGCCUUCAGUCAGCGUGUCGGCGUAUCGGUGGUUGGUGUGUUUCCUGUUGGUGGAGAGUCAGAAGAGACUGCAGCAGCAGAGAGACGCCGGACUGGAUGACUUUGAGGCUCGGAACAACAGCCAGGUGAGAUACACAACAGCCAGGUGAGAUACACAACAGCCA